AUGUCAACACAUAGCGAUUUCGAAAUAGACGGGCUCUAUGUUCUAUUGUCGGAUCGCGGAGAUAAAUCAUUUACCUUCCACUGGGGCCUUUAUCUUCACCAGUCCAUCGAUUCUGGCUAUAUCUACGACCUUCUGAGCGAUGCUGGGUCCACUAACUGGCGCUUUGACCCGCGACCCAGCGAGAAUGUCAUCGGCUCUCGAAGAGUUCUAGUUGCCCUCAAGAUAGGAGCUCUAGACUCUACUAUGCAUCAGUCUUUGCUUCAUCGCCUGGAGCAAAUCCCACUUGCCUAUUCUACUCGAUUCAACGAAAACAUCACCUGUCGAGUUUGGGUGAAAGAGGCACUCUUCGCAUUGGAUAACGAAGGCUACAUCGGCAUAACUUCCAGCGUGGACGACCUCGAGUUUGAGGCUAGAAACUUAGCACUUGCCAAUAAGGUUGGGCGAAAGAGGACAAUUCGUCCAAGUGCUGAAUGCCAGUUCUGA